AUGCAUAUUUCAUUCUGCGACCAGCAAAUUGAAGAAAUCGAUCUUGAGCGGUUCGGAGGAGAGGAAGACAGAAAAACGCUCUCCCUCGUUAAAAGCUUGGAUUUGUCCCGAAAUCAUAUUCAUCGACUUUCCAAUUUGCAAACAUUUACAUCGUUGAAUAUUUUAAAUAUAUCCAGAAACAAAUUACGAAAACUUUCUGGACUACCUCUAGGAUUAACAAAAUUGGAUGUAUCUCAUAAUUUACUUACAAAAUUAAUUGGAAUUGAAAUUUUGAGCUCAUUACAAGAGUUAAACGCAAGUUACAAUCAUAUCAAUCACACAUACAAUGUAUUUAUUACUCUAGGAAAUUUAACAUCUCUAAAUCUAUCAAAUAAUCACAUAAAACAAUUAGAUGGCAUGGAACAUUUAGCAAAACUUGUGGAUUUAAAUGUAAUGAACAAUGAAAUUAGUAGCUUUGAUUCGAUACGAGGAUUAGCCAAUCUAAGAAAUUUGCAACAUUUAAAAAUUAAGGGAAAUCCAAUUGCCAAACAUUCCAACUAUGUCCACUCACUUUCCAAUUUGGUUCCAUCUUUGGUCCAUGUGGAUCAUGUUGAUCUCAAUAGUGGACUUGUUGAUGAGUUAGAAUCUGUUGCAAGUACAGUGUGUCAUUCGAAUUACACAACAACAGCUGCAACCACAUCGGAUGAAGAUUCAGAAUAUUCAGAGCCGUCCUCACUUCGAGCAAGAAGAAGAUUUAGCUUUCAAUCCGAUGUUGAGAACAUGUCAACUUGUUCUGCAGCCUUUAUAAAAAGACCUGAAACACCACAAGGAAGAAUUCAACGACAAGAAUAUCAACCACUCCAAGUUCAUACGACUCAUCAUGAAAAAUUAGCUCGACCAUCCAGCGCUCCCAAACGAUCCAAUGCCUCUUCGUCCUAUGUCAAGAGAUCCAUGAAUUCAUUUAGACCAUCAACAACCACCAAUGCAUCUACUAGUUUAAACACUGUUCAAGAUCCUUCAAAUAAGACAGUCAGCAAUAGAGAACUCGAUGAUGUCAAAUUGGUAUUAACUCAACAACAACAAGAAAAUUCUAGACUUGAAAAAGUCAAUGAAAAUUUGAGAGGAGAAAUUACAUCUCUAAAGAGUACGAUCAAAACUCUACAACAAGAUUGUGAUACUUUCAAAUCCUCUAAUGAAAAUAUUUUAAUGGAAUUGGAAUCUCUUAGAACAAGAUAUGAUCGAAUGCAACGAAACUAUCGAAAUGUUCAACAAUUAUAUAAGGAAGAAAAACAAAAGAGAAUUACAUCCGAUGAAGGAAGAAAUGAAUUACAAAAACAAGUAUCUAAAAUGAGAGUGGCUCUUCAUCACCACAAAUCACGAUUAGAUAUUGAACACAAAGAAAAAACUCAUAAUUAUGACAUGUUGAAGGAGCAACACGAACAAACCAAACAAGAUCUUGUUGUCUUGUUGGAAUAUGUUUCAAUUAUUGAACAACGAUCUUUUCAACAACAACAAGUAUUGGAUGACAUAACCAAUCUCAUUCAUCAAGAAAAUGAAAUCAAUAUUAAGGAAAGUAUUACAGCAAGUUUAUUAUCCACACAAAACACUCUUGAAACGCAUACACCUGAAAUGACUGAACGAGUGAAAAACAUACUGGAAAAUUAUCAGCCUGAAAGAUUGGCUAAAAAGAGUAGUAGCAGAAUGAAAGGCAAUCCAAACGUUCGAAAUUUCAAUGAAUUGAGACAUUUGGUGCAUCCGCAAGCCAAUUCAAGUACUUACAAAUGGGAAACAACUUUAAGAAAUAAUCCUCAAGUCCUCUCUUCGGCUUUGGAAACAUCUCAACCUCAGCACCCGAUCGCAUGCGCCUCAUCUUCUCUCAGUGCUCAUCAUUCAAUGAAAAAGAAACCCGUAGAGAGUAAUAGUAAUAGUAGUCAUGGUACUCCAAGUCAGUUGUUAUCUUUAAACCAUUCUUCUCACCCAACUAUGAGUCGAGAAUCAAAAAUUUCAAUCACCAAAGAUCAAUCCAUACACAAUUCUCACACCAAGCAUUCUCCAACCAUAACCAUUCCUUCAGUAUCACCUGAAAAGAAACCAUCUUCUAACAUUCAAAAAGAUCUUGGAUCAUCACAAAUACUAAAGAUUAUUGAGGAACAAAAUCAAAAUCUCAUUACUCAGCUCAAAUCCAAUGAAUCUUUUAGCAACUCGAAUUUUGAAGAAAAAGCAGAACUACUUUCAACUCUCAAUGAUCUAACACGAGUCGAUGUGAGUUCAAGUCAUGAAAAUUUAUAUUCAUUUUCACCAAAAGAUAAGAAUACAAUAGAAACAACAACCUAUUUGAAUCAUACCAAUAUGGAGAGUAGUGAUUCUACUCUUUCAACUAGUGACAGACAAGAUCCAGUAGAGGUACUUUCUAAAAUGUCGCCCUCAGAGCUUCAACAAUUGUUGGCAGAAUUAUCUCAUCAAUAUUCCACACAUGAAAUUCCUUCUCAAGCCAUGUUCACGACCACAACAACUUCUGCAUUGACCAGUGAUUCCAUCAAUGUUUCAUCAAAUAACAACCCAAUGACUGAUAGAGAUAGUUCUUCUUUAUGGAAUGAUCUAAACGUUGGAAUUACUCCAAAAGAAAGUGAUAUCACUCUAACCAGGGAUGUUCACUUUCCCUCACCAGAGAAACAAACACUCACAAGUCGUACCUCACCCUACAAGAAUGAAAGAGAAAUGAUUGUAAAACAGAGAUUGCAUGAACGUUUGGCACUUGAGAGAAAGAAAAUGGGAGUUGGAGGAUUGGAUUUGUAA